GUCUCAAACAGGAACUAGAGUCGCUGACUGUCAUUCAGCCGCGCGCACAAAGGUGAGCGCACCGUCAGCCAUAUUACCAGCGCCGGACUGUGCUCAUUUCCUCGGAGGGAGGGGAAUUAUCGGCCGAAGCUGGACUGAAUUUACUCGCUAGCUCUGAGGGAGAGGCUCCGUGGAAACUCACUUUACUCUGAAUCUUUGACGGGAUCUACAACAGGACUCAAAAUGCCUAAACCUGUAAAUGUUCGCGUCACUUCGAUGGACGCGGAGCUGGAGUUCGCCGUCCAGCCCAGCACAACUGGCAAGCAGCUUUUUGACCAGGUGGUGAAGACCAUUGGGUUACGUGAAAUAUGGUACUUUGGACUACAAUAUAUGGACAGCAAAGGGUACCUUACGUGGCUGAAACUUGAUAAAAAGGUCUCCGCGCAGGACGUCAAGAAGGAGAACCCCAUCCAGUUUAAGUUCCGGGCUAAAUUCUUCCCAGAAGAUGUGUCGGAUGAGUUGAUCCAGGAGAUCACUCAAAAGCUGUUCUUCAUGCAAGUCAAAGAUGGCAUUCUGAGUGACGAAAUCUACUGUCCUCCAGAGACUGCGGUGCUUCUGGCCUCCUAUUCAGUGCAGGCCAAAUUUGGGGAUUUCAACAAGGAAUUGCACAGGCCUGGAUACCUGACGUCAGAUCGCCUCCUGCCCCAACGGGUUCUAGACCAGCACAAGUUGUCACGGGAACAGUGGGAGGAGAGGAUUCAAGUGUGGCAUGAGGAACAUGGAGGAAUGCUCAAAGAGGACGCAAUGCUUGAGUAUUUGAAAAUUGCUCAGGAUCUGGAAAUGUAUGGGGUGAACUACUUCGACAUCAAGAACAAGAAGGGAUCGGAGCUGUGGCUGGGUGUGGAUGCCCUGGGCCUAAACAUCUAUGAGAAAGACGACAAACUCACACCGAAAAUUGGAUUCCCCUGGAGCGAAAUAAGAAACAUUUCCUUCAACGACAAGAAGUUUGUCAUCAAGCCGAUAGAUAAAAAAGCUCCAGAUUUCGUGUUCUACGCUCAACGUCUGCGCAUUAAUAAGCGUAUCCUACAGCUGUGCAUGGGGAACCAUGAGCUGUACAUGCGCCGCAGGAAGCCGGACACCAUCGAGGUGCAGCAGAUGAAAGCGCAGGCUCGAGAGGAGAAACAACACAAACAGAUGGAGAGAGCUCAGCUGGAGAGCGAGAAGAAGAGACGAGAGGCCAUAGAGAGAGAGAAAGAGCAGAUGGAGAGGGAGAAACAGGAGCUGAUGAUGCGACUCUACCAGUUUGAGGAGAAGACCAAAAAAGCAGAGAAAGACCUGCAGGAGCAGAUGCAGAGGGCCGUGCAGCUGGAGCAUGAACGGAGACUGGCCGAGGAGGAGGCCGCCAGGUUGGAGGCAGACAGGCAGGCGGCACUGCUCGCGAAGGAGGAACUGGCCCGUCAAGCCAAGGACCAGCUAAAGAGUCAAGAACAGCUGGCCGCUGAGCUAGCAGAACAUACUGCUCGCAUUGCACUCCUGGAAGAGGCCAAAAGACGCAAGGAGGAGGAAGCCGUGACAUGGCAGCACAGAGCGAAAGAGGCCCAGGAUGACCUGGUGAAGACCCGCGAGGAGCUUCACAACGUGAUGGCGGCGCCACCUCUCCCUCCACCACCCCCCGCCUACGAACCUGAUGAGAACGAAUAUGAAGAUGGGGAGGAGAGCAACGGUAGCUACAGUGCAGACCUCCAGACAGGAGUAUUCCAUGACCACCGCAACGAAGAACAGCGACUCACUGAGGCCGAGAAGAAUGAACGAGUUCAGAAACAGCUGUUGGCUCUGACCUCCGAGUUAUCCCAGGCUCGCGACGACAGCAAGAAGACUCAGAACGACCUGCUGCACACAGAGAACGUGCGCGCCGGCCGAGACAAAUACAAAACUCUCCGGCAGAUCCGCCAGGGCAACACCAAACAGAGAAUUGAUGAGUUUGAGGCCUUAUAAAAUAUCUGGACCAGGAAACUUUGGGAAGGAGGGGGAAGGAAUGAGUCUCAAAGCCCUUGUCUGUUUUCUUUCUAUCCCUUACGUCUGAGUGGUCAAUGCAAGAGGCACAUGCACACGGUAAUGCAACAGAUUUCAUUCAGUGGUUCAGUGUGCACUAAACAAGAAAUUCUUUUAAAACCAAAAACAUGCACUAUGUAAAUGUAAUGACAAAUGGGUUUUGUCAUUACAUUUAUAUACAUUGAUUCCCCGGCCCUUAAUGGUGUACAUGGAAACCCACAGCAACACUUUACGGUAAGGUUCUAUACUGUAGCAUUAGUUAACAAACAAUGAACAUUUGCACUUGUUCAUUCUUGGUUUGUAAUGCUUUAGAUGACAAACAACUUGUAAUAUUGAUGUAUUUAUAUAUGUUCCAAUACACAUUUAUUAAUCUUGGUUUAUUGCUAACUAAUGUUUAUGUAUAAAGGCUUAUUUUAAAAUGUUACCAAUUUCACAAAAUCACUUUUUCACAGAAUGUGCUUGAAAUAAUAAAUCAUUUUGCCAUAGACAUACGAAGCGAAAUAAUAUGUAAACGCACGUGCCAACAAUGCAUCCCCUUAUGUUAAUUAUGUGUUUAUUAAUUCAAUAAUCUGGCCAAAUUCUAACUAGCUUGGGGUUGUAAUAUUAUAAUAAUAAUAAUAAUGAUAAUAAGGGAUUGUACUCGUUUUUUUGUUUUGUUUUCUUUUCCAUGAUCCACUCAGCACAGGGCUUGGCAGUAUGAUAAUAAUUUUAUGUAUUGUCUUAUAUUAAAACUCUUUCAUUCAUGU